AUGGCCUUAAACAAGAUGAAAGAUUUAAAAAUUGGAGAAAUGGAGCGCAUAACUGUGGACUACGUGAAGGGAAUUCUUCUGCCCACUUCGACAUGUGAAAUCUGGGAUCAGAUCUGGAACUUUGAGGCCAAGCCUGAUGAUCUGCUUAUUGCUACCUAUCCCAAAGCAGGAACAACUUGGACACAGGAGAUAGUGGACUUAAUGCAAAAUAAAGGUGAUGUUGACAAAAGUAGACGAGCACCUAUUUAUGAACGAAUUCCCUUCAUCGAAUUGGUAAUUCCAGCAAUACAGUGUGGUUUGGAACAAGCUAAUGAAAUGCCCUCACCACGGACUCUGAAAACUCAUCUUCCAAUUGAGCUACUACCUCCUUCCUUCCUAGAGAAAAACUGUAAGAUAAUCUAUGUAGCAAGAAAUGCCAAGGACAACAUGGUAUCCUAUUACCAUUUCCAUAGAAUGAAUAAAGGACUUCCUGAUCCAGGAACCUGGAACGAGUUUUUUGAGAAAUUUCUGGCUGGGAAAGUGUGCUGGGGUUCAUGGUAUGACCAUGUGAAAGGAUGGUGGGAAGCCAAAGACAAACAUCAAAUUCUCUACCUCUUCUAUGAGGACAUGAAGAAGGACCCAAAGCGUGAAAUUCAAAAGGUGGCAGAAUUUAUUGGAAGUAACCUACAUGAUGAAGUUCUAGAUAAAAUUGUCCAUCAUACUACAUUUGAUGUAAUGAAGCAGAAUCCAAUGACAAACUAUACCCUGAUUUCUACUGCAGUCAUGGACCACUCCAUUUCUCCAUUCAUGAGAAAAGGAGCAGUGGGAGACUGGAAGAACUACUUCACCGUAGCUCAGAAUGAAAGAUAUGAUGAAGACUACAAGAAAAACAUGGCUAAUACCAGUCUCACUUUCCACUUCCAGUUCUAG